GGUAGCUGAGGCAGUAUGGCUGACGGCGCCGGUGGUCCUCCUGAGGCGCCCAACCCACGAGGCUCCCCGGGCCAGGCGCCGCGGGUGUCUCACGCCGUUGGGCCGGGCGGCGGCGGUGGCGUGGAGACUCCGCGGACGGCGGCGCUGGCGCUGCGCUUCGAUAAGCCCAUCAAGCAGGCCUUCUACAACACGGGGGCCGUGCUGUUCGUGUGCCUGUGCUGCGGCGCCGCGGUGCUGGUCUACUUCAUUCUGGAGGCCUUCCUGCGGCCGCUGCUUUGGGCCGUGCUGUGCGGCACCUUCCUGCAUCCUUUCAAGAGCUCGCUGACCCGCCUGGGCCGCCACUGGCUGCACCGCCUGCACCGUGCGCACACUCCCAUCGUGCUGGCCGCGCUGCUGCUGCCGCUCUGCUUCGCCGACUACGGCGUCGAGGCCCUGGGCGAGCAGGCGCUGCGCCGCCGCCGCCUGCUGCUCUUACUCGGCGCCGGCGGCCCGCUGCUCUACGGCCUCUACUGCCUCGGCAGCUACCUAGGCGUGCAGGUGCUGCUGGCCCACGCCGGCGCGCUCAUCUGCCGCGGGCUGGACUACUUCAGCAGCCUGUGGAUCUGGACGUUGGUAGUUGGCUAUGUGUUGACUGUUUCAUUCAAGUGGAAUGCAAGUACUGAACGCUACUUGAGAGCAGUUUCAAUUCCUGUCUGGAUUAUAUUGCUUUUUCAUUUAGCAUCCCUGGCUGGCUCAUGGAGAAUUCCAGUAUUCCUCGUUAUUGUUUUCCUGAUGUCUGUGGGCACCCUCUAUGAAAAACAGAAUGGAAAAGAGUCUUCUGGGGCAGAGUUACCAGGGCAAGUUAUCUCCAUGGCAGCUUCCACCCUCGCUACCUUGGCCAUCUCUAUCACAGGGUACGAAUCAAACAGUGAAGACCAGCCCUCGACUCAGCCUGCAGAAACCACAGACGGAGGAGAACCCCCUCCAACAUUGUCCUCAUCUUCUUCAGCUUCUACUCCUUCACCCACUCUGGGCAGACCAAGACCUGAAAUUGGAUCUCUUCUCAGAAAGAAGAAAGCUAGUGAUAUCUACUUCGUGUCUCUCGUUUGGGCCAUUGUUGUUGUCCAGAUCUGGUUGAACUUAUGGAUUGUGCAGUUACUGCCGGUGCCUGUUGCAGUCUGGAUACUCAAAAAGCUUAUUAUUCACUUUGGAGUUGUGAACUUCCUGGAGAAACGCUGCUACAUCUGGUGGCAGGUCAUAGAGCACUUUCUGAAGGAGCGGCAGGAAGCUCUAGCACCUUGGCCAGUUAUCGGGCUUGGAAAGUUCUUGUUAAAAGUUGAUAGCAAGCUCUGGCACUGGCUAAAUAAGAAGAUGAUCAUCUGGUUGGAGAAGAUGUUAGACAAAAUAAUUAGCAUUUUCAUCAUAUUUCUGUUAGUGAUAGGAACCCUUCUUUUAGCUCUGCUCCUGACUGCAAAGGUACAUCAAGAGAGUGUACACAUGAUUGAAGUCACAAGUAAUUUGAUUAAUGAAACACUAGCAAAUCACCCGGAAUGGGCAAAUUGGCUUCCCGAGGCGCAGGUAGUCCAAAGAGCCCUCAAUUCUGCAGCUAACAAUGUAUAUCAGUAUGGACGAGAAUGGAUAACCCACAAGCUUCAUAAAAUUUUAGGAGAUAAGGUGAACAAUACGGCAGUAAUUGAAAAGCAAGUUCUAGAACUUUGGGACAGACUGUAUCACUCUUGGUUUGUAAAGAAUGUAACACAUUCCGGAAGGCACAAAGGACAGAAGAUGCAUGUAAGUCGUCAGAAUAGCUGGCUGGGAGAUAUUCUGGACUGGCAGGAUAUCGCUUCCUUUGUUCAUGAGAAUAUUGAGACAUUUCUUUCGAUCUUAGAGUCUCUGUGGAUUGUUAUGAGCCGGAACGUGAGCCUGCUUUUUACCACUGUCACUACGCUCCUGACCAUUCUCUUCUACAGCGGGACUGCCCUUCUCAAUUUUGUACUGUCUCUGAUAAUUUUCCUGACCACACUAUUUUAUCUAUUAAGUUCCAGUGAUGAGUACUACAAGCCCGUGAAGUGGGUGAUAAGCCUGACACCAUUAUCUCAGCCAGGUCCUUCUUCUAAUAUUAUUGGCCAGUCUGUGGAAGAAGCUAUCAGAGGGGUGUUUGAUGCUUCCCUCAAAAUGGCUGGCUUCUAUGGACUGUAUACCUGGCUGACGCAUACUAUAUUUGGCAUCAAUAUUGUCUUCAUACCAUCAGCUUUGGCAGCAAUCCUUGGCGCAGUACCAUUUCUGGGGACAUAUUGGGCAGCAAUACCUGCAGUUCUAGACCUGUGGCUUACACAAGGGUUAGGAUGCAAAGCCAUCUUACUGCUGGUUUUUCAUCUCUUGCCAACAUACUUUGUAGAUACUGCAAUCUAUUCUGAUAUAUCAGGAGGUGGCCAUCCUUACUUGACAGGUUUGGCAGUGGCUGGCGGAGCCUAUUACUUGGGCCUGGAAGGAGCAAUCAUCGGGCCCAUACUUCUCUGCAUACUCGUGGUUGCUUCCAACAUCUAUAGUGCCAUGCUGGUGAGUCCCACGAAUUCAGUGCCUACACCGAACCAGACCCCGUGGCCUAUUCAGACUCAACGGGGGAUUAGGGAAGGAAAAAGGAGAGAAAGAUUGAGUUGAAACACACCAGCCCACUUGCUUAUUAGCUAUGUGACUGUGGGACUUUCCGUGACAUUUCUGAUGAUCUGAAAUCUUCAAUAGACUGACAAGGCUUCCACUGAAAUGAUUUUUCUAGGAAACCCAACUGACAGUGAGUUCAGCUCAGCUGUGUCCUUCUGUCCUUUCAGCUGUGCCCAGCAAGCAGAGCCCAGAAAAGAAACAGAACCCUCCUGACCUUACAUACAGAAUGCCUGGACAAGAGAGAACUUGAUGUGGGCUGCUUUUCAUUUUAAAACACAGCUUUGGAGCUUAGAAAUGUGGUUUGCUCACUUAAGUGUUUCUAAGAUGGCUUGAAAAGUUUCAAUUUAUGCACUGGUACUAUGGCUUGGAAUUUUCCCACUUUGAUUAUCUAUAUUAUUAUAUGUAUUUAUAAAGUUAUUUUAAGAGCUCUAAACUACAUGCUAUUAAAAGUGUAUACUAUAUAAUUUUUUCCAGUUUAAGAAAUUGGUUCUUAAACUUUUCUCUGACAGUCACUUUUAAUGGAGAGGAUUUUCACCUUCUGUUACGUAGCUGCGUGAGCUGGAAAAAUGAGUUUUCUACCCUGCUGUCACUCAGUGGGGAGCCCUGGUGGUGCAGUGGUUAAACUCUGGGCUGCUAACCAAAAAGUUUGCGGUUUGAACCCACUAGCAGCCCUGCUGGAAAGAUAUGGCAGUCUGCUUCCGUAAAGAUAACCAAGGAAACCCUACGGGCCAUUUCUGCUCUGCCCUUUAUGGUGGCUGUGAGUCAAUCAGCACUACACAUCAGGUUUGGUUUUUUGGUUAUCACUCUUUAUCUUCCCAUAUUUAAGAAAGAACAGAAAGCAUAGGGGUAGAUGUGACUUAUUUGAGGUUCAGUUUUAUGUUGCAACCAUAGGAGAGACAAAGACCGAAGCUCUUCCUCCUCUGCCUUUCCACCCAUCUCCUAUUACACCAUUGUCGAAUUCCUGAAACUUGGCUGACCACAUCCAAGUACUCAUUAAACUGCUAUUAAUGAUAAUAUGAUAGAAUUCAUGCUGUAAUUAUAGUGUUUUCGCCCCUAAUGUUUUGGUUUUGUUUUUUAAGUGAAAAAAAUCUCAGGAAUAGCUGUAGUGUUUUGUUACAUGUAUCCGUGUUUCAUUAUUUGGAAUUCCACCAAUUAGUUACUUAUUAGCAAUAGGAUUUUAUAUUUAUGUUGUAUGUUUCAUCAUCACUGAGUGCAGUGCCUUGCACAUAAGACACUAUAUGAAUGAUUGUUGAAUUAAAUUGUAGCUUUUCAAACAGCCUAGAUAUUAUAAUAACCAGCAUAUGCUUUACAUUUUGCUAAACCUUUUUGUUCAUGUUAUUUCACAACCCUUUCACAUCAGCUUUCGUGCAGUUUCACAUUAUGUUAUAACAGUUUCACAUAAAUGGGGAAACUAAAGUUUAAAAAAGUUAAGUGACUCAAAGUCAUGAAAGUCAUAACUCAAAGUCACAAAGCUAGUAAGACUUGACCUCAGGUCUGUCUGACUCCAUAACUUGAAAUCUCUGCUAUACUGUGGAGUCUUCCUUCUGAAAUCUUGCCCAAUGUUUCCCAGUGCUAUGAGAUUGAAUAGGUGUUGCUAUCCAUUUGUUAUAAAUGAAUUUAAGACCUGUCCUACAGUUAAUGAUGGGGCUGGGACUAGAGCCCAGCUCUUAGCUUUGUGCCCUUUCCACUGUACAAAAUAAUCAUGAGACUCUUCUCUGCCCAAGGGAAUAUGGAGGAAAAGGGGUUCAUAAGUAUCAAUGGUUUUCUUUUGUGGAAAACAAAUGUCUUCUCACUAAGAAGUAUAAAAAAAGAAGUAUAGUUAAUAUAUUAAUUAGCUUACAUGUGUUCUGAUACUACUUAAGAAAAACACAUCUGGAAAAGGUCACCAUGAGUUCUUUGAUCUGCAGUAGGCUACAUGCAGAUCUCUUACUUUUUUAUGAAUCCUUCAAUAAUUAUAAUCUGACAUUCUAACACUUGUUAAAUUUGGCCACUAAAUAGCACGUUCUGUACUUUAGUCAGUUGUUCAUUCAUUUAGAAAUUUGUUGAGAGUUUGUACUCUGUAGAGUGCUAUAGGGAGAUAACUCAUUAGAAGGCCUUCUUUCACCUUAAAUAUUAGCCAGAUCAUGUGUAAUGCUAAAUUUAAAUUUUUUGCAUUAAAAGGAUUAAAAAAGAAAUCAGGUUUGUUUUUUGUUCAUUGUGUAUUGAUAAGUUUAUAGCUAUAAUGAACACAUUAAUAAGAGGCACCUAUUGUACACAAUGAAUUAGUCUGUGUACAUAAAUUAUGUUCCUCUAAAGUGCUUUUGGAGCCCUGGUGGCACAGUGGUUAAGAAAUCAUCUGCUAACCAAAAGGUCAGCAGUUUGGGUCCCCCAGCUGCUCCUUAGAAAUGCUAUGGGGUAGUUCUGCUCUGUCCUAUACUGUAGGGUUGCUAUGAGUCAGAAUCAACUCCAUGGCAGCAGGUUUGGUUUUUUACUUUUUGGUAAAGUGCUUUUAGCUGUAUAAAGUGAUAUUGCAAGUAACUAAACUUAAGCUAACAUAUGACUGUUGCUGGGCAUAAUUAUUAGUACGAAUAUGGAGUUUUUAGAGGGAAACUUUAAGUACUCUAAGCACUAAGAGAAUAGAGUUGCCAAAAUUAGCAGCAAUGAUGCAGUAUCCCCCUGAAAUAUCAUGAACAGAGGUACCCUACAGAGCAACAUACUCCCACUCAGGAAACAAACUGCCACAGGACUCCAGUGACAGUGUGAGGAAUAGGAAGGUUAACUAGCUGGGGGGAGUCUGACAGGGACCCUCGGAGACAGAGAGGAGCAGCCUAGCAUGCCCCCUCUCUACCCUAUUUAAAGACUUUCAAAUAUAGUGAAAAGAUUUUAUAGAAUUCUCACAGGGCGUAGAGACCAAGUGGUAUGACCCAGAAAGAGCUUCCCUAGGAACAAACCAUGCAUUGAUGAGGUAGAAUUUGCUUGAGUAAAAACCAAGUCCAUAAAUCCUGUCACAAUAUCUUGUCAUUUUAUAGCUUUAUUAAAGAUUAGUUUCAAGUACACAUUCACUAUUCAAUUGUAAGCUGAAUGGGAGGGCAUGGUGCAGGGAGAGGAGGAGAUUGAAACCCUCUCUACAGAAUUGUUCCUCUCUUUUGAGAAUGAGGACAGGAUAUGGAAUUUUCAACAUAAACCCCAUGUCAUUUAAGUCCGAAAUUCCUGUUACACUCUGUUCCUAAAAGUUCUGUCUGUCAGACUGCCUUAGAUGCCAGUCUUAUUUUUUGUUGCUGUUUAAUUGCGAGGGUUCAUAACACCGUCUUCCAUGAAAGAUGGUUAGCUGGCAGAGUUCUUCCUUGAUUUCUGAGACUGGUGUGGGUUGAUUCCUGACAGUGGGAGGAUACCUGGGAAGUGUUACGGAGACUGUGUAUUUAAAAAUUCUGUACUCUUUGGAAGUGGCAGCUGUUUAUACCAGUUAAAGUGUAUGCUGCUAAAGGGCUUGCAGAUGAGGUCUAAACUUAGUCUUAACAUGAACCCACUGUGACCCAUCAGAAUUUUCUAGUACCUCUAGUUCUCAUAUGGAUGUAUUAGUGCUUCAGGAAUGUUCAAUAGUGGGCAAGAGAUACUCAGAAAUUCAGGCCAUGAUGGGUCAGAUUAAGUUAGUUUAGUGAGCUAUCCAGAGCUUUCAGUCUCAGGGUUUACAGGAAGGACCCCUUCAGGACUUCACAUACUCUUGUGCUGAAAGUCUCCCUAGACCCUUACAUGAGUAUUACAAUGGGACUUAGUGGGCGCAUUUCACACUGGAAAUAGUUUCUGGCAACAUACUCCCAAAUGUUAGUUCUAGAUAAGAACAAGUACUUUUGUUUUUACAAUUUUUUGUCAUUUAUGUAUUUCAUCAUCAAAUACAUUAAUUUUAUUAAUAUAUUGAGGACCUGCAAGAAAUACAUAAACACUAUCUGAAACCACUAAGUAGUUAUUUUUGGAUAGUUUAAAAAUGAAGCUAAUCUGUCUGCUUCCUGCAGUCAGAAAUUCUCAGCUAGAAUGGAUCUUACAUAAUUAGGUGAUUCUGUCAUUUUCUAGAGAAGGAAACACGUUCGUAGUUUAACAUGACUUGUCUAACACAGACAGCCAGUUAGUAACAGAAUUCUGAGUAGAAUAGUUUUUUUUCCCCUCAGUUCAUUGUUCUACUUCUUUUCCCUUUUCCCUGUAUUUGAACAGCAUUUGCCAAAAUAUAUGUUCCUUAUAGCAGUUGUUCUAAGGGAUGUUAAUAGAUGUUGUAAGAGGGGGAAAAAAUGUUGGAAGGGGAAGGGACUUUAUGGUUUAUUAAAAUUGAGGAAUGCUGAAUUUGCUUCCUUUCUAUAGGACCUCUAAGAGGUUUUAACUUACUGUUACCAGAACCAAACUCAUUACUGUGGAGUCAGUUCUGACUCAUAGCAACCCUAUAGGACAGAGUAGAACUGCCCAGUAGGGUUUCCAAGGAGCGCCAGGUGGAGUCAAACUGCUGACCUUUUGGUUAGCAGCCAAUCUCUUGACCACUGUGCCACUAGGGCUCUGGGAUGUACUAUUACAUGCCAUGAAUUUAUAAGAGGGUUUGAAGACUGUGUUUACUAGACUUGCCCCCCUCCUUCUUUAUUCAGAGAAUCUCAGAGGAUUGGUCCUUUAAGAAACACGGCUCUAGAGCAAGUUUACAGCCCUUUAGAAGACAUCCUGAUGAAAACACUGAAUAGUAAAUCGUUACCAUGGUACCAGGUAAUAAAUCUCAAAGUUUAGUGAGAUACUAGAGAGCGAGAAAAUUUACAUUUCAGAGCUAUACUUAAAGUAUAGAGAUUCUUCUCCACCUAUGGUGUGUAAAAUCAGUAUUUAUGCUUAGUUUUGCAAGUUUGUAAAGAAUCAGUUAAUGUGCAGAUACAGUGGUGAUCUGUUGCUAUUACAUUUUAGUGAUGCUUUUGUAUGGCACUUUAGAGUUUUCAGAUCCCUUUUCAUAACAACCCUGUGAGGCAGGUGUUAAGUAUUAUCCUCGUUGUACAGAUGAGGCACUGGAGACUCAGAAAGGUUUGUUGAAUUUCCCCUAACUUUAUACCAUAAAACGGUGGAGUCAGAAUUUCAGUUACAGGACUUCUGACUCCAAGUCCAGCGUUCUUUCCUCCACACCUGGUUUCGUUUCUUUUUUUGUUUCUAG